GGCCGUGCGCCGCCGAGUGAGGGGCCAGCUCGCGGGAGCUGCAGGGGUGGCGGGGGCGAAGGUGGGGACCUGCACGCGGAGGGCGGGCGCAGCUCGCCGCGCCAGGCCGUGUCCCUGUCCGCGGCCGCCCUGCCACCCACCCCCGGUCCCCGCCGGCGGGAGCUCGGGGGCGCCAGGCGGCGGCGCGCUCCUGGCGGCUGCUGGCUGGAUGCGGGACCGGCGCGGACCCGGCGGCGGACGGCGGCUCUGGACUCUGGGAAGCCGAGCGCGCUGGCAUGGCCUCCAACUUUAACGACAUCGUCAAGCAGGGCUACGUGAAAAUCCGCAGCAGGAAGCUGGGGAUUUUCAGACGCUGUUGGUUGGUUUUCAAGAAGGCUUCUAGUAAAGGACCCAGAAGGCUAGAAAAAUUUCCAGAUGAAAAGGCAGCCUAUUUCAGAAACUUCCAUAAGGUAACCGAACUGCACAACAUCAAAAAUAUAACCAGACUGCCUCGGGAGACAAAGAAGCAUGCGGUGGCCAUUAUCUUUCAUGAUGAAACAUCCAAGACAUUUGCCUGUGAGUCAGAGCUGGAGGCCGAGGAGUGGUGCAAGCACCUGUGCAUGGAGUGCCUCGGGACGCGGCUGAACGACAUCAGCCUCGGGGAGCCUGACCUCCUGGCGGCGGGCGUGCAGCGGGAACAGAACGAGCGGUUCAACGUCUAUCUGAUGCCCACACCGAAUCUGGAUAUUUAUGGCGAAUGCACAAUGCAGAUCACUCAUGAAAAUAUCUAUCUCUGGGAUAUCCACAAUGCCAAGGUCAAACUGGUGAUGUGGCCUCUCAGCUCACUGAGGAGAUAUGGGCGGGACUCGACGUGGUUCACCUUUGAGUCAGGAAGAAUGUGUGACACAGGAGAAGGACUGUUCACUUUUCAAACAAGGGAAGGAGAGAUGAUCUAUCAGAAGGUCCAUUCUGCGACGCUGGCCAUAGCUGAGCAACACGAAAGAUUAAUGCUAGAAAUGGAGCAAAAGGCCCGGCUGCAGACAAGCCUGACCGAACCCAUGACGCUAUCCAAAUCGAUCUCUCUCCCUCGGAGCGCGUACUGGCACCACAUCACCCGUCAGAACAGCGUUGGCGAGAUCUACAGUUUGCAAGGUCACGGGUUUGGUUCUUCGAAGAUGUCACGUGCACAGACCUUCCCCAGCUACACCUCGGAGCAGAGCGAAGAGACUCAGCAGUCCUUGUCCCGGUCUAGCAGCUACGGAUUCAGCUACAGCUCCAGCCUCAUUCAAUGACACGCAGAGAGCCGCUGCUGGCCAGAGAGACAGUCUGUCCCAGACCCGCUUGUGGGGGCCUUGUGCCCUCUGCCUCCUGGAAGACCGAUCGCAGCCGAAGUUCAAAUGGGUCGGGUCUAGCCCCAUCCCCGGUGGAAGGUUCAAACCUGGAGUUCCGCUUCCUUGAUGCUGUGGCUAAGUCCUUUAUUUAUUGAAUUUCUUGGGGGCAGGGCACAUCUGUGUUUUACGAAAAUAGAAUCCAAAUCGUGUGGAUAGUCAUUUAUAUAAAAGUGUUUGGGUCUGAGAGCAGCAGAAGCCUGGGCCCCAUGAGCGUUGCCCAUACAGGUUGGUGUGGCACCUGGCAGGGAGCCCCGCGGCUCCGCCCCACCCCGUCUGAUGACAGCACCAGUCCUUCGGCAGAAAGGGGACCCACCACGAGCUGUGUGGCCUGGAAGGUUUUGACAGGGACAAAUCCAAUCGGCCCUACAAAGGGCAUUGUAACUCUCCAUAUAAAUAACCCCAGUGACCACUAAGGGAACACGAAAUUAGAACACACUAGUAAGCAGGGCCUUGUAGCUCUCCUUGUGCGUGUGUGUGCGUGUGUGUGUGCGCGUGCGCACAUGUGUGCGUGUCUAUAGGCCAGUGUAGGUACGGAUAUUGCUACACCCAUCCAUAGCUCAUGAGCAUUAGCAAAUGCGCACUGAGGGUGACAGGUCGCACUCACUGAAAUUGUCGAGAACUGUAAUUUGGUGCAUUCAAUUUUAAGAUUGUUAUGCUGAACAGCUAUUUUUAAAACCGUGCUGUAAAAAAAAAAGGCUUCUUAUUAGCAAAAGUAUUUAUAUAGUCGAGUCUGCUCCUCCGGGAAGUGUGAGGAUGCGAGAAGGGGGAACACUGUGGAGACAAGAGAACCGGUCCAGCCGUCCUCCCUGUCACCUCCCGUGGUCCCUCUGGUGGGUGUUCUCUUGUUGCUCACCACGUGGCUUCUCCCCUAGGCCGCCCUUCUGAGCUAUGUGGGCAAGACUAGGUGUGAUCCCCAGCCGGCCACCAUUUAAUCUCACGAAAAAAGACUCUCACGGAAACACUGUCGAAGAAAGAGAUAAAAAUACCCUUACAAAGAACCGAGCGGUUUUGCAGUCGGGGGCACAACAGGCGCAGGGCUGGAGGGAUUCAGAAUCCCGCAUGCGCUGUCCUCAGACUGCCACCCGGGACGUGCCGUGCACGGCGCAGCCAGAAGUCGCUGGGCUUUCGUUCCUUUUACUGGACACGGUGGGCUGGGACCGUGAGAAAAUGGGUUACAGAUCAUUUUUUUUCAUCCGCCACACUAGUAACAGAUCUUUGAGGUUUAAAGGCAAGUGGUGAUUUCCACAUGAACUGAGGAAGUCUGGCGAAUUCAGGUCACUGUAGAUAGUUUUGCCCUCAAUUUUGGGUUCGGUCAAGUAAACACGAAAACGAUUCUGCCUGCUCCUCCAGUGCCACGGGCCUAAGUGGUCAGCACCCCAGACCCCCCCACCCCGCCCCCACCCCCAGUGUUUGAAACAGCAGUGAGCCCAGCCCCUGUAAGAUGAAAACCUGGUUUCUUUUUCUUAAUAGCAAAACAUUUGAAGCUAUCCAGGUUAGUUUUUUGAAAGGGCACCUGGUUUGCUGGUCUGUGAUAACACUGUUUUCACCCCCACCCAUAGCUCGAACGCAGACGGACAGCUCAUUUCAGGGAAUUCACACAGAAUUCAAUCACUCUGGGUCCCUCUCUGAUAAAUUUGCACUUAGAGCAACGACCUACGCGCUCCACGUCUCUCGGAUAAGUAUGAAAACCCCAUCAAGAUGCUAAUCAUAAGAGUUAAUGUGGCUGUGGAAAAUAAUCACCCUAAGCGUUCAGGGAUAAAAAGAAAAUGGCUCGAACGCUCUGCACUGUGAAUUGUGCUGACUGAGCUGGGAGCCAAGGGCUGGCUCCCGGCGACGGCAGAGCCUUCCCUGAUGUCCCGGUGUCAGGGUUAGACACUCCGAGUUCCUUGAGUCGUGGCAUUAACUCCUGAAAUGCCCAGUGAGACCCCAGAGCGGCUCCCUACUGAGACCAUCCGAGCACAGCUCCUAGUGGCCUGGGGCUCAGAGCCAGGCUCCCGCCCGUCACUCAGUCGAGCUGUUGCUUAGAGACCACGGGUUUCUACAAGGGACUGAUGGGGAAAGGCACUCAGGGGUCCUGGUUCAUGUCUCAGCUUUUACUUUCCUCAGCUUGACCGUGCCCAAAGCACAGACGGCGAGUCCAGGGUCGGGGAGAUUCUGCGAACUGGCUGAGGCUGCUCUUGUGUCUGGCGGGUGGGAGGUACAACACCCGCAGGGAGUUCCCGGAGAACGCCGUUUUCUUGUGACCGUUGCCAGGGAGCACGCCUGAGAGGGCACCAGAGACCAGGCACGGCCUUGGGCCCGUCCCCUCUGAGAACCACGUUCAUAAAAAGAGUCUGCGAGAUAGAUAGAAUGUCCUUCCCAUGUCUUUAUCCAAUCUCACCACAAUGAGAAUAAUGCUAUAACAUAUCUCCUGGGACAUUUUUGGAGAUUUAUUCUAGCACACACCUCUAACUAUACUUACAAUUGUAGCUAAGUCAAAAUUACUAAAUGAACAGAUAGGAAAAUUUAGAUUAACCUAAUGUACUUGACAUAAGGCAGUGCACGUUGUAAUGAAAAUGGCGAGCUGAUAAAUCUUCUACCAAAACCAAAGAUGAAAAGGUAAUGAACCAGACUCCUGGGAUGCCAUGAAAGCAGUUUCACUAGAGCAACUAGGGUGGCCGUAGGCUUGUAUCCGACUCCCUCAAGCUGGUAGGCUUUUGACUACAGACGCCUCCACACUCCGCAAGUCAUUUUUCUCCCUCAAGAAAUAGUAUUGUAUCUUUAAAAUACAUGUGACUUUUCCAUUGUGAGGGAGUGACUCACUGUGAACCAAAGACAUCUUUUGGCUCCUCUGAAAGUGACUCAGUUAGGGUCCCGUCCAGAGGGAGACAGGUGCAUGAAGAGGGUCCCAAUCUCCACGUCAGGCGGGGAGAGGACAGCGAUGAUGGAACCCAACCCGCGUCAUCAGGGGUCCUCUCGGGGCAGAGCCGGCCUGGGUGGGGGGGGGGCAUACACGCUCCACAGAAGGGUUACACGAGCAGAUUUACUUCUUAUGUCCCCAGUUUUUUCCUCGGAUAAUAUGAAUGGUACUUGUGACGUUAUAUUUCAAAUGCAUAAAAGUAUAAAGUCACUUUAACCCAAAUAGCUUACUGUUCUGAUGAGGGCAGAAGGAGACACAACGUUCACUCAUUCACUGAGCGACUGGGAGGCACCUGGAACUGGUCAAUUGGUGCAGGUGCAAAUAUUUAGGAAUCAAUAGGUUCUGGCCACUAACACCAUUUGAACGUAAUGAAAUAAAAAACAUAUUUACUUAUAUAUCAGAGAAGAUGCUGUUAGAUAGGGGAUGUGAAGGGAAGUGACACGUAUAUAUUAAAAGCAAACCUCACUUCUUUCAACCAAGUACUAACUGGAAUACUAGUCCUCGUCUCUUGUUGUACAGGUUUUCUCUGACUUCACUGGGUGAUUACGUUUGAAAAUCAUCUAUCACCUAUAAAAUGGUCAACCAGUUAUACUUUCCACCACAGAAACAGUGAACUGAUAAAUAACUACACUAUUAGCAGUUUCUACACAUCCAGCGUAUUGCAUGUGCUAUCUUUGUAGCAGAUAUUAAAACACAUCAUAAAAAUUGAUGUCUGCCCCUCAUUCUUUGGCCAAUAUCUCAGAAAACAUUGUAAAAAAAAAAAAGCAUGAGUACACUGUUCCCUAGGCAAUUUGAGCCACUUCCUAAAAUUGACCAUUAAUGAUACAGUGAAAACGAGCUAAGCAAAUGAUAGACAUAUUCUUAUAAAAGCAUUGUAGGCCAGUUUUAGUUAUUACAACACAGUGCGAUAAAUGGGCAAGAUACAUUCAGUGAGGCUGAGCCUAAAGACCUUUAAUACUUCAUGUUAAAACAAAUAAUAUGCUAAAAAGUGCUCAAAGUGAAGAGUAUGCAUUUUCUUCAAUUCUAUUAAUAUGUUAUGUCUAUUGAUAUCUUGCGAUUUCAAAUUACUAUACUAAUAAUUACUUAUACUUACAAUCCACAAACUGUGGCCUUCUCAAAUAGAUAAAAGUUUGCCUACUAGUCAUACUUGUACAUUAAUAAUUACAGUAAUAGGUAAUGUGCUACACAAAUGAAUUUCUAGCCAGUGAAUUUCUGGAGUGUGGUUUCCCAUGGCAGGGGCCAAGGAGGACGGCACCAAUUUAGAUAAGAUUAUAAAGACUCCAAUGAAAUGUCCAGAUUUACUUUCCUAACAUUCUAACCUUGGUUCCACGUCCCAGACUUGGCCUUCUUUACGAGUUUCGGUGAGUGCUAAGUGUGCAAGACGACAUCCAUUGUAUCAAUUUUGAAGUUAGAGCACAAAGACAGCAUGUGACCAACAAGUGUGCUUCCUUUAGUUGAGUGAAAAUUAUAGCUGAGGGAAAAUUAUUUAACACCAAAGAACGUGUAGGCAAAUCCUGGUGGUCACGUGUCUCCUCAGUCACGUGAGGAUCCUUUUUGGAGAGCCCACCUCGUGAGAGUUUCGACGUGAAGAUACAUUAUCAGCGAGACGGGUGGGGGCUGAACGUGCCAGAAGAGACACACACUACUAUGUAUGCAUUCCCCAUAAACGUACUUGGAAGUUUAACCCGCCCCCUCCUCCCUGGAACUACCACCAGUCCUUACCUUCUUACUGGAGACUGUGCACCUUUGUUGAUCAUUUCUAUCAUUUAUUUCACUAAGCGGGGUGUUAGGUAGUUGUUUAUAGACUCCGGUGGAAGUAUCGUGAGAUUUGAGGCACAUUUUCUAGCUAGGCGGAAUGCUAGCUGGCUCUGGAAGCGGGCGUGUAGAGUAAAGGUCCCACUGUGUGUUCCGCUCGGGAGAAAACUGACCCCCAUGCAUGUUGUAAUGUAUUCAAAGGCAGGGAUGGGGGGGGGGCGGGGCCAGCAGGCUCCAGGUGAAUGGGGGGAUGGGGCUAGCAGGCUUCGGGUCCGGGAAUGUUUCCUUGGCUCCGUCGAGUCUCCCGGGGACAGGUAGUGGGAGCUGAUACAUGCCACAUGGCCUGUAAGGUAACAGGCCCUUAGACUUGUGUUUUCCAAAUUCUUCAGAUGUUCCUAACCCCUUCUGGACUCAUCGCCAACUGUAUAUCAAUAGAGAGGCUUUAUGGGGUGAUUCAUUAUGCUUCCAGGUCAUGAAUGAUUGGUAUAAGUGUUACUAUUUCCAUCAAUCAGUUCUUUGUUGGAAAUUCAGACAACUGUUCUAAGAUGAUGGUCAAACUAAAAAAAAAUAGGUGUCUAUGUGUUGUAUUCCUACUAAUUUGUCAUGCUGUAACUAUGAUUAUUAUUUUGGAGAUUUUUAUUACUCUGUAGCACUUCAGUUUAAUUAUUUACAGCAUCUGUCACAGCUUUGUUAGGGAAUGAUAAUAUGAGGGCUAUAGUUUUUUUCACACGGACUUCAAAAAUCUUCCACUUUCAACUGAAAUUUGGGGAGUAACUUUUUUUUUAACUUUAUAUCAAGUUUUCCCUUAUAUAAUUACAUAGGCAAUUAUUUCAAUUAAUUGAAGUUUAGAUAAAUUAGACAGAAGUUAAAGUUACUAAACAAUAUGAAAACCAUAUUUUAUGUGUGAUUUUCCUGUACUUUCCUUAGUUCAAAAUUUUAAUAUCUUGUAAACAUUUCAAGGAAGGGAAAAACCACACUUGUAACAGGAAUGUGUCAACUUCCUCCUAAUAAUUCUGUUUAAUACUUUUUUAUUUUGCCUCACCUCCUGUGUCUGCUACCCUAAUCUGUAUUCCAUAUUCUGGGCUUAUUUUAUUAGCUGAUACAAUUAACGUUCUCAAUCUGCUCUCUGCUUUGUGGAUGAUUUUAGACUUAAAAACAACAUAAAAUCAGCUCAUUCUGUAGACACAGGAUUGUGCCCCCAGUGAGUAGGGUGUCUACCCCGACCCCAUAGCUGUGUUCAUGUUGGAAUUUGAUUGUCGUUUUAAUUCACCCAACUAACCCACAGUCUCGUAAGACUUACUUAUUUUCAGGAGUCUAAAAUUUAAAAACCCAAAUUUAGAAAAAAGAAGAUUAAGAUAACGAUUUAAUUUACUUUUUAAAGUCACUGCGGGUUUUCUCUCAAAGAAAACAUUCUGGAAGGGGUUUUUAUGGUUUUUCAAUAUCAUUAACUACUGGACAGAGAGGUUGAAAAUCAGGGAAGAAUGAAAAAUAAAAUGAUAGUAGUAUCUUGAUAUUCAGUAUAAAUCAGAAAUUAACAUGAUGUAUAUAAAAAUGAUAGUAUCUUCAUAUCCAACAUCAACCAGAAAUUGACAUAAGUCAAUAUGAAAUCAUUUGAUUAAUAAAAUUCAGAUUUCCAUGUCUAUCGCGCAAUUCAAGAAACAAUGCUUAUCCCUAUCAAAAAAUACAUGUGUCCGUGGGUGGAGUGCAGAAAGAGACUUCACAUUUUUGUGAAGGCUUGAAUUAGAAAAGAGAGAUUCUUUGCAGUUCUAAGACUGGGUUACUUCGGAGAUAGCCCUCAGUCUACUGCAGCCAUCGGUCCCCUCCCUGACGACAGAUGACCGGUAAGAGCCAGCCCCGUCUGGGCUGCAGGCAACGGAGGCCUCCCUGAGCACCCUUGUCACAUCAGCCCUCACACACACACACACACACACACACACACACUUUUGACUUUGACCUCCUCGGGAUGUCCCCCUGGAGUAAUCUUUUUCUCGGGUCCACACAGAAAUCUCCCAUCUUGAAAUAUCCUUGUCCCUAUGAAUCUUCAAAAGGUAUUAAAUUAUGUGUGUUAUGUGUUUGCUUUCUGUCAAUUCUUUUUUUUAAUUUAUAUAUACUUUGUGAAGUCUUAUACUAUAUAUUCUAUAGGGCUUAUCAUUUGUCAUUGAUUAAAUAGAAUGCUUAUGAUCAUUUUGAUAAAAUAGCUUUGGACCCUACAUCCCUGUUAAGAAGUAAAAUGCCUGUUAUAAAUGUAUUUCUUCUGGAAAAUAUAUCAUUUGAUACACUUUAUUUUUAAUCAUGAUCUAUUCCAGGUAAUAGUUUGGGGACAUUUGUACUUAAAUAUUAGCUGAGCUACCUUUUGGAAUGGAAUGAAAAGGAAUACUAUCCCUGGAAAUUAAAUGUAAAUAUCUGGCAGAACAGAACAUAUUAUAGUAAUGAGGCAAUAAUAAAAUUAGGAAAUUAAAUUAUUUUUAAAUCUGUCUAUGUGAUUUUUCCCCUUGGUAAAAAAUGUAUAAAAUACAUAGUUCAAAAAUUACCUUCUAAAUUGAUAGUUUCUAUAUCACAAUCCUCAAUACAUAAACUAUUGUUAAUAAUGUCUUACUUAUAGUUAUAAGAAAUUUGCAGUUGAGAUUGCUACCAAGAGGAUCAUUUAUAGUUGUGCAAUAUUAAAAUCUCC